UAAAUGAUGAUUGCAGAAUAAUGUUGCUUAAAUGCGACUUCCUCUUCCUCAGAGUUGUUAUGUAAAUAUCAAGUCUGGUUUUCUGUGCCAUUCUCUGUGAAGAAACCGGAGGUGUGUGUUUGUUCUGCUGCUGAUCAACUAAUUAGCUAAGACUAAACCAUUUCCGUUUUUACAGCAAAUUAUUGUUUCUUAAAUUAGCUCCCCAAAGUAAAGCAGCUGAUUUCAUCGUGUUUCCAUUCAAGAACAUGAAGGACGACAAUCAGAGUCUGAUGGCGGCUCUGUCUGAGAAAAUGCUGACAGUCAGUAUGUUACUGAAUGUCUUCUUCAUUCCAGGUGUUUUUGCAGGUGAUUCGGCUGGUUGUCCCAAUCCAGAUCUUAUUGCUGACAUACCUCGGAAGAUUGAAGCUCUGAGUGGAUCUUGUUUGCAAAUCCCAUGUAAAUUCAGUUCAACACAUUAUACAUUCAACAACAGGAGACCCAUCUAUGGAGUUUGGUUGAGAACUAUUUCAAAUCUGUAUCACAAUCCAGAGGCUGUUAUCUUCAACAGCAGUGGGUCAGUUAACACAUUUUCACUGAAAAUGACUGAAAACCUGAGUGAGGGAGACUGCACCACUCUGUUUCCUGACUUAAAGACGAGUUAUACUGACAAAUACUUCCUACGGAUUCAUAAAGGGACAUAUAUGGCAACAGCUGAAUGUCAUCCUCUUAGUAUAACAGUUAAGGAUUCUCCUUGGAGACCCAGCAUUAAUAUCUCUGGUGGUGACCUGAAGGAGCAUCAGUCUGUCACUGUAACCUGCUCAGCUUUCACUCCCUGUCCACACUCACCUCCUGAACUCACCUGGAAUCUCCAACAAGACUCUCUCAGACAAACAGAGAAAAACACAAAUGGAACCUUUACAACUAAAAUCCAGGAGAACAUCACUCUGUCAGACACACAUGAUGGAUACAACAUCAGAUGUUCUGCCAGAUAUCCUGUGAUUGGAGGAAUCAAGACAGCAGAGACAGGAGAGACUCUCAGUGUUUCAUAUGCUCCUAGAAACACCUCAGCAUCCAUCAGUCCAUCAGGUUUGGUGUCAGCAGGUAGCAGGGUGGAGCUGAGCUGCUCCAGCAGAGCCAAACCUCCACCCAGCUUCACCUGGUUCAGGAACAGCAAACAAGGAGCCAUGAAUGUGUCUGUGGAGCAGAUUUACAGCUUCAACGCCAAUGAGGAAGAAGAAUAUUACUGUGUGGCUACAAAUGAUCUGGGGAAUCAGACAUCAUCAAUAUUUCUUAGUUUUGAAGAUCAUCAAGAGUUUGGACUCUUUCUCUGUGCUACAGUGAAGAUCCUGGGAAUCAUAAUCCUCUGCAGUGCAGUCGUCACCUUUGAGUGCUGGUUUAGAUCAUCCGACAGAUCAAGGAAGGAUCCAGCAGAACCAGAGCGGAUCAACAGAGUGAUGGAGAUUCAGGCAUCAUGAGCCACAAGGAGGCGAAGAAAACGUUCACUAUUAGUGGGACAAUAUCUUUCUUUUUUCUUGCAUUCGAAUUUGACUGUACAUGUGUUGAUUUUUAUUACAAGAUAAGCAGAUAACAUUUGAACUUGGCAUUAAAAUCUUUUUAAAAUGGAAACAAGGAAAAAUUGAGAUACUGCACAAAUUAUUCAUCUUUUGUUUGCCAUGUUUGCUUGUUAUUUUUUUCCCCCUUUUCUGUCAUUUAACCAUCAGCAUUUAUUGAGGAAGCACUUUUUCCUUAGACUAAAUGCUGCACGCAAUUUCCAGUACAUUUAAAAAAUAAAUAGUGACCUGUAUUCUAUUCUUUUUGCUGGGAAUAAAUAAAUUCAUUUUUAGACCAAAAGAGACCGAGCACAUUGCUUAUAUUUUUAAGUGCUGUGUCAAAUUUUACUGCUAUGUUUUAAACCAAGUUAAUUGAAAAUUCUCAUAUUUCUUGUGUUACACAAUUUUGUUCAGGCACUUUGAUGUAUUCAGGCAGUUCCUCUUUUAAACUUCUUUACUGAAUCGUGAAUAGUCUGACGAUGACAGUGUCAAAAAAAUGCCGUAAUUUUUCACCACUCUGUGAAUAUUAGAGUC